CAAACUGGCGGCCCUCCAGCUGUUGUGAAACUACAAGUCCCAUCAUGCUUCAGCCUUUGGGAGUCAUGCUUGUAACUGUCAAUCUUGCAAUGCCUCAUUCAAUCACAUAUCCCAAAGCUGGGGUGUCAAACUGGCGGCCCUUCAGCUGUUGCCAAAUUACAAGUCCCAUCAUGCCUCUGCCUUUGGGAGUCAUGCUUGUAACUGUCAAUCUUGAAAUGCCUCAUGGGACUUGACAACAGCUGAAGGGCAGCCAGUUUGACACCCGUGUGCUAGGUCAUGUCCCAUGUUCCUUUG